ACCAAACAUCAUUUUCACAUCAGUUUCCUCCACACAGCAGCAUUACUGGACCACUGUGACCUGAUUGAUGCCGAGAAGGAUGAACUUCAUUCUGCUGACAGCCAGCAUCAUCACUCUCGCUCUCACUCAAGAGUGGCAGGAAGUGGUAAUGCAUGGCAAUAAUGUGAGAAGUGACUUUGUACCACCUAGAAAAGGGCCUUGUGAGAUGAAAAACAACGAGUCUGCUUACAGGGAAUUUUCCCGUAAACAUUUGCUGACCGAGUCCUUUGACACAAAAUCAAAACCUGCAUGGAAAAAGUACCUGACGAAGAAGGGCCUCUGCAAGAGAACUGAAGUGCAAUCAUUCCUCAACUCGAGAGACUGCCGAAAAGUCAAGGGCAUCUGCAACGGCCACGGCACCCGCAAGCAAAUCCCUUAUAAUCUGAAUGAGAACAUAUGCAUCAGCGACACUAAAAUGACUGUAUACGAUGUCAAAGUGAAUAUGUCCAGCAAGCUUUGUACAGUUAUAAAGGCAGAACAACGUAAAGGCUACGUAAUGGUGGCUUGUGAUGAAGUUGGAAACCGCUGCCGGCCUGUCCAUUAUCAGAGGUACAACGGGGAGACGCCUGAUCCCAAAGCCCAACGCUGCAAUCCUGCUGUUUCCCAAAACCCUUCAUUUUUCCAGGUGUGGCAUAUUAUCACUCUCAUCUGCAUCCUGACAACAGAAACCUGUUGA